GAAACGUAGCUCACUCUUCUUCGAAGAAGAAUACGUAAAGAAAUGGGAUUUGAGGAAGCCGAUAAAGUAUACUUUUCAUGAGUCAUUAGAAGAAUGGGACAAGAAUGACGUUCGAAUGGGAAUAGCGGAGAUUACUCGAAAUGUUGAAUGCUUAAAAUUUGAAUUUCUUGAUUCAGCGCCCAGUGGUCCACAUCUGCAUUUCAUGAAAAUCGAGAAUUCAAAUUUCUGUGGCUUGUCAUAUACUGGUCGGUUGGAUACGGGAAAUCCGAUUUAUUUGAGUUUCACAUGUGGAAAUCCACGUGGUAUCGCGAUUCAUGAGAUAAUGCACGCAUUGGGCGUCGCUCAUCAACAUUUACGUACGGAUCGCGAUGAUUGGAUUGAGAUCGAUUGGACGAAUAUAAAUCCCCAGCACUAUGAUAUGUUUGCCGUUUCGAAUGCGAGAAUGUUUACAACAUAUGGAAUUCCGUACGAUUACAAAAGUAUUAUGCACUAUAAUGCUUAUACGGCGGCUGUGGAUACGAGAAAACCGACGAUGAAACCGAGACAAAGCGCAACUCAAAACAUUCGCUUCUUGGGGCAACGAGAUCAGAUGUCGACUCGAGAUAUUGAAUUGUUGAAGAAAAUGUACUGCAAAUUGGAAUCCUGUUGGGAUACGAAUGUUUUCUGCGAUACAAAGCAAGUGCCACCCUGGGGAUACGCUGAAGCAAUCGGUUUGAUUGGUGCUUUUCUAUCGAAAGAUUAUGAGAAAAAUCCGUCAAGAAAUGUGCUUCAAGAUGUGAAAAAUUAUGCAAAUUCACUGAAUCGAGCAAAGGGUUUAUCGGAGGAGGAUCAGAAGAAAGUCAUGGAGAAUUUACUGGGAAUUGGGGAGAUGAAAAUGGACAAUUUGAGCUCAAAAUUGACAGAUGAUUUAAAGACGAAGAUUGGAGAAGCGGGGAAAUCUUAUCGAGAAUCCCUAGCCAAACAUAUGUUGAUACUCGAAAAGGAGCAAGAGUUGCCAGAAUCGGUGAAAACGUGGAUGAAUGAGAUGAUAAUCAAGCCGUUGAAAGAAACACAGCAACUCUUUGAAGCCUAUCUUUCAAAUCAACAAUCCACUCAGAAUUCGCAGAAAUUUGAGCAAAAAAUCAACGAGGAAAAGGUGAAAAAUCUGGGAACAAAAUUCUCGAGUUUAAUGAAGGAGGGAAUCAAGAAAUUGCAAGCUGAAGUUCUACAGGAAAAGAGAAACAAUUAUCGACAUUUUGAUGCAUUAACCGAUUUGAUGCAAAGAGCUCAAGUCGUUUAUAAUAUGAUCGAACUCAUGCGUAACAGCAUCAUCUUCAGUGGUGAUGGAGGAAAAGUGAACGAAUUGAUUAAACAACAAAACGCUAACAGAAAUGCGACUGAGGUUGAAAGGAGCAAUUGGAAAGUGUCAGCCUCUGAAAAUGAAUUCAAUUACAACGCUGUGAAUCUCACCGAUGAUGGUUUCAAAGAAAAAGAAGCGCUGAAGACGAUCUAUCAAAAGUUCGCCAACAAUAAUUGGAAAGACGGCUCUCCAAUCAACUAUUAUUUUCUUCUGAGCUACGAUGAAAAACCAAUGACGAAAAGUUCGAAAAACUAUACACAUAUAGUGGAAAUCAAUAAUAAGACGGUGGUGCUGCAUAUGAGAAGUCAAUUGAUGGAAAUGGAUCCAAAAAGUGCUCCAUAUUUAUGGUUUAAUUGGUAUCCAAAAAUGGCAAGAACUCUUGAGUUCGAGAUUCUCGAUGAAUUGAAUCGAAUCGAUCCAACGAAUCAAACGAUGGAAGAGUUGCAAAAAGUUGUUCACGAUCGUGCAAUCAAAAAGUGUUUGAAUUGUCAGACAAUUUUGACUUCAAUCGAUGGCCCAUCCGAUUCAUAUUCUGAUGGAAAAGAGCCAUCUCCAGCCGGUCGAUUGAUUCGAAUAUUCUCGAAAAUCUCUGUUUUUAUCGGUUUU